AUGUUGGCAUUCCGUAAAAUUGCAACCGAGUUAACAGUAUCUAAUAACGGACUAAUCUUGAAAGGAACUAAGGUAAUAAUACCUAAUGAAUUAAGAACUCGUGUCAUUAAUCUCGCGCAUGAAGGUCACCAAGGCCAGGUAAAGACAAAAACGCUACUCCGAGAAAAGGUUUGGUUUCCGAAUAUUGACAGUAUGGUAGCAAGCUUGUGUGAUUCUUGUAUUCCGUGCCUUAGCACAUAUGAUGCAAAACCGCCUGAACCGUUGAAAAUGACACAAUUGCCGGAUUCAAAGUGGUCUCACUUAGCGGCUGAUUUUUAUGGCCCAUUGCCAUCCGGGGAACACCUUCUUGUAGUCAUAGAUGAGUACUCCAGAUUUCCGGAGGUCGAAAUAAUUAGGUCACUUGCAGCAAAGACUGUCAUUCCGGCCCUAACUAAGAAUAAGAUUUCUGGCGGAUCAUAUUGGACCAUGUCACGACAUAUAGUUAAGAGAGUGCUCAGUGUUGAACAAGCAGAGGGAAUGGGAGCUAGAGUGCGACGCAGUGUUGGACGACCAGAGCUUCGAAACCUGGAUCCAUUCUUAUUGUUAGAUGAAGGACGAGUCAAAAAGCCAGCUGGCUUCCCAGAUCACCCUCAUCGCGGAUUUGAAACUGUAAUGGCAUUUGUUUUAACCUCUACCCUGUUAUCAUUUGAUUUUAUUUUCAAAGAAUUUUUUAUUUGCCACCAUUCUUCUUUAGUAGGAUUAUUUACAUUUACUUGUUACCUACAGUGGAUGACAGCAGGAAGAGGUAUAGUGCAUUCAGAGAUGCCUGGGUCAGAUGAAGAAAAUCAUGUUUUGCAACUGUGGGUGAACCUUAGCAAAGAAUUCAAGAUGGUUGAACCACAUUAUCAAGAGCUGUUGAGCAAAGACAUUCCAGUCGCCACGAGGGAUGGUGUCACUGUUAAGGUUAUCGCUGGAGAAUCUUUGGGAAAGAAGUCACAAGUUCGCACUCGUACACCUACAACAUAUCUGGAUUUUAAAAUUGCAAAAGGUGGGGAAGUUAGCCAAGCUUUACCAAGAGGCUGGACUGCGUUUGCUUAUGUGCUUACAGGAAAAGCUUGGUUUGGGGAAGGAGAACAGUCACAAGUAGGAGAAGCUCACCACACACUGGUUCUAAGUGAUGGUGAUCACAUCACAAUUAAUAAUAAGGAUGAAACAGACUGCCAUUUUGUACUGAUUGCUGGGCGGCCAAUAGGGGAGCCAAUCAAACAGCAUGGGCCGUUUGUGAUGAACACUAAUGAAGAGAUUCAACAAGCUAUUGAUGACUAUCGCAAUGCACGUAAUGGUUUUGAGAAAGUACUCAACUGGAAGUCAAAAGCAGGAGGCCGUUUUUAAGUUCACAUAUUUGUGUUCACUGUAUUCAAUUUUUGUUUGAGUAGUGCAUAUAAUGCAAAAUUCCUGGGGUAGACGCAUAUGCCUUUAUAUAUAUUUUCUGUUGGCUUGCAAUAUUAGGCUAUGUUCAGACACAACAAUUUACGCUAGCGAAUGUUAAUCGAGUAGUGUGGAUUUGUGUGUGGUGUAAAAGCUGGUGUCAACAUGCAAUAACUGGCGUACGAUAAUCCACCAACAGACCCCAGAUUAGCAUACGCCACUGAGUUAUGACAGUCAUGCAUCAGUGAUUUUGAACUCUGCGAUGAUUUGACCAAUCAAAAAGCCUUAUUUCAGGAAAUAAAAUGCAGAACACAAAUAUCUUAAUGCUUGUGUUGCGUUAUUCACCCAGUCUGGACAUCUCACUAGGUAUGCCAUGGAUUAACGUAUGCUCGGCAUUAAAUGCUGUACAUCUGGCAUUUCUCUUAGGUCUGAACGUAGCCUCAGAUAAAUAUAAUUAUGAAUUCUGUAUAAUAAAUAUUUAAUAUUUUAUUAGUGAUUGAUUGCAAUAUGAUAAAAUUAGUGCAUAAUUAUGAAUUAUGAAUUAUAAAUAUUCAAUAUUUUAUUGGUGAUUGAUUGUGACAUAUGUAUUUGCUUAUCAAUUGUACAAGUAGAUAAUGAAAAGUAUAACCUAUAGAUCUAAUACUUUGUUGAACUAUGAAGCGGUUUGGCGCAGCGAGAACGGUUUGGUUUCCAAACCUCAAGGUUAGGGUUUAAUUCCCUCGCUGUACAUUUUGUGUCCUGGAGCAAGGCAUGCUAUCUGCAUUGCUAUUCUCUACCCAGGAGUAUAAAUGGGUACCUGGUGGGAAUUGCCUGCUCCUGAACUGUUUACCAGCAGCAACAAUGUGGGCCCAAUAACUAAAGAAAAAAAAAGCGCUUUGUAUCUGUAAAGAAAAGGCGCUAUAUAAAUAAUAAAAAUAAUGUAUGGUGUAUGUUAGAUCUACCUCAUUACAGAAGUGCAUUGGAAAAAAUAGAGUGAGAGAAAUCGUUUAUAAAUGUAAAUUUUUGGAGCUAGUAGCAGAAAAUCAAUGAGAUUUAGAUGGGAAAAUAUAUACCAAAAAUAAAUGUGUAGAGAAUAAGAUAUACAUUAAUUUUAAUUUAUUCAGUUAUAAACAUAAUGUUUCCCCAUACAAUGUUUUAAUAGCUUGAGCUUGGUUUCCAUACAAUCGCUACACGGUAUCGCUUUCGGUGAUGCUGAUCGGUCGGUCGAAUCGGGGAGCCUUCCCAAUAACGUCAGGGACUGUUCGCAGUACAACGAUUGCACCGAACACACUAGCCACAGUGUAGCAAUUUUAUCGAAACCAGAUUUUAGAUGAAAAGAAUCAGCAAACAAUAAUUUAUACAAAGUUAAUUUUGGGGAACAAAUAAGGAUGGCCUUAAAAAAACUAGGUUCUAAACACUUUUAGAAUCUUCCAUCAAUUUC